AUGAUCAUCCUCGUGGACGACGGCGCCGGGAUCUUCGUCGCUCAUAAACGCGCCGAAUACAAAUCCGCAGCCGUUCUGAGCGGCAUAAACGGCGCUUUUGCUCCCGGUGCCAAGCAUCCAGAGCUCCGGAGAAAACGCGCGAAAGAAAGCCCCGCACACUCAGCGGGCCGCAACGCCGAGCGCAAAUCUAAGCAUGGGCGCCUGUCCCGGACUGCUACCACGGUAGCCGAUGCUCCUUCACCUCAGGUCGGCAUUGCGGCGAGAGCACGUCCCGUCGAUCCUAUUCUAUUAAUUAUGUGGCAUCUCAACAUAUUGCGACUUUCUGUUGAUGCCGCCAGCCAUCUGGAUGUCGCCAAUAAUGUCCCUCCUCACUGGAUGUCAGCGCAGCCGCCAAACAUCAUCAUGACGACUUUUACACACGACCUAUGCUACAACCUCAGGGCGACUUUCUGCAAGCGGCGGCAGCACGGUUUCCACAAAACCAACCGAACCAACCGAACCAAGGAAUCGCUACACUGUAUGUUAUUCGGUCGGACAGACGUCAAGUGA